UGACUUUUGACUACUCAUUUUUUCACAAACUGAUACUCAUAAAAGCCACCAUUUUAAUUAUGCUAUGAUUCAUGAUGAAGAUUUGUACGUAAAUUGAACAACACGCCACACUGCUAGUAAAGACUAUAAAAAAAACUGAUUAAAACUUCGUUUUGUUCACUAGUCUUGCUAAGGUGUUUCUUCAACCGUGUCACUUUUCAUAAACUCAUUUAACACCCAAGCUUGUUUCUAUUUGCUUUCAAUUUUUGCCUCAAAAUUUUCACGCCUUAAUCAUAAACUCUCAUAGUUUGGCAUCAGUUUCUUACCAGAAGUUGAAUUUCUGUAGAGAUGAUUUUUUCCUGCUGGGAGCAGGAUUUAAUCUUGCUUCUUUCUUACGUGUUGACAUUGGCCGUUUUCAUCAUCAAGUGCUAUGCGGAUACAGCGUCAUUAUUGCGCCUGGAAAUUAUCCGGCUGAAAAGCAGAAUGGAACAGCUCCCUUUGAGUCGCGACUCCUCAAAUGAUGAUUACGACGAAGGCGUGAACAAGUCAACAGAGAACAGAUACCUGAACAAAGUAGUCACCGAGCAACAGACGAAGCUGAGCCAAAGCAACGUACAACUGCAAGUCCUCAGCACCAAGUACAAAAUGGUCAAAGCUGAGUUGGAAGAACUGAAAGCAAACAAAACUUCGGCUAAAGAUACUUCGUCUAAGAAAAAGCAGGCCCAGGUUUCCGAGCCGAAGAAAGCAGUUGAGACUAACCGACAAAAAGCGAUAGUCGACGACGAACUGGUCUUUGAGAACUCGGCUCAGGUUUCUUCAGCGCCCGAAUUAAACAGCCCUUUAAGUCUACCCGAUGUUCCGGAUUCCAAGCAAGCUGCAGGUAUUAAAGAGCGCUUGUUGGGAAAAAUGAAAGAUAUUGUCACACAGCUGGAAGCGACCAAAUCACAACUGGCAAUGAAAGAAAGCGAAACUGUGAAGCUUCUCGGAGAACUCGCUCGUCUCAAGGAGAAAAUUGCGCAACUCGAAAGCAGUGAUAAUUAUUCAUUUGGAAAGGGAAAUGGGAAUAACGAAAAAGAAUUGAAGGAACUGAAGAAAAAAGUUGGUGAAAAAGAUUUGGAAAUCAAGGUGUUGAAAAAUUCACAGCAAGAGAAGAACAAGAAAAUUGAAAGCUUGACUAAAGAUCUCAGAGAUGCUGGAUUCGAGAUUCACGAUUUGACAAAGCGUUUGAGAGAAGCUUCAGACAUUGGAGGAAAAAGCCCAGAAGCUGGAAAACUUCAGCUUAAAAUCAAACAAUUAGAAGAGGAGUUGAAUUUGGCAAAAUCAAAAGCGCAAAAACCUUCGUCAGAUGCAGAAGUUGGAACACUUCUGAAAAACCCAGAAGUUGGAAAACUUCAGCUUAAAAUCAAUCAAUUAGAAGAUGAUUUGAGGUUGGCAAAUUCAAAAGCGCAGAAACCUUCUUCAGAUAUAGAACAUGAAAUCGAGACAAAAAAAUUGACGGAGCAAAUUGAUUCUCUGAAGUUUCAGCUGAAAAACUUGGAAAGCUUGAACUCUGCAAUGAAGUAUGAAAUCGAAAGCUUGAAAGUACCCAAAUCAGAAGACGGAAAAGACCGAAAUCAUUAUGACGGAGAAAGUCUGAAAAUCGAAAUAUCAAAACUUAAUCGAGAAAUUCAGGUUAAAAACGAUCAAAUUGGUCAACUGGCAAAUGAAACAAAUGAAAAUCAGUCAGAAAUCAAGAAACUGAUUAAUGAUAAAAAUCAGUUAAAUAAAGAGUUACUUGACACGAAAGCUGAACUUAAAAAGCAAAAAGAAUCACUGGCUAAAAAUGAAAGCAAUUACGAAAAGUUGUCCCAAAUAACUUCCGAAAACAAAGAUUUGAAAAAGAAACAAGCAGAAUUUGAGAGCCAGAAGCAUUUGGUCCGUGAGCUCAAAAGCCAGAUUCGAAACUUGGAAGACAGUCUAGAAGAUUCUAGAUCAAACAUGCAGAAACGUCAAAAUUCAGGUCAAAAUGAUGGCAAUCGGUCUCAAGAAAUUGCGUAUCUCAGAAACAAAAUCGAAGUUCUCGAAUCUGAAAAAGAAGAUUUAGAAUUCACUUUGAACGGAAUGCAAAACCAAAUCAGAGCCGGCGCUUUCAAAAAUCUGUCAGAUUCAGGAAUUGUUUCUGAAGAGUCAACAAUAACUGUAGAAAAAGUUGAAACAGUCAAGAGUGAAGUGGAAUUCAAGUUCCAAACAGACGAUUCGCCGUCGAAUACAAUUGAACAUAGCUCUGUUGAUUUCGUCAAAGGCCUAGAAGAACAAGUUAAAAAUCUUGAGAAGAAAAAUUUUGAGCUGAAUAAAAAACUAGAAGACGGUUUCGACAAUUUCAGAAAUAGCGUUGUUACAAACUUGGAUAACUUGUACAAAAAUUUUGGAGGAAGCCCCAAGAAACAGUAUCAAAAUGACAUCAACGAAUAUUUCAAAGCGUUUGCAACAUUCUUGAAACUCAGAAUUGAGAAAAAAGAUUUGCUUUUGAAAGAACUCAACGGAGAGAAUGAAAAAUUAGCCGAAAAGCUCCGAGGAUUGCAGGCCCGACAGAGUUCUGACACAUCGCAAAUGGAAGAAUUUCUGAAAUGCAAAGAAAUUGUUCAUUAUUAUGCCAAAGAAACGGGACUUGAAUCUCAGAUUGAUCAAAACUCAUUCUUGAAUGAGCUCACAACGAUUUUUGAAGCCAUUUCGACAGAGCUUAAGCAUGCUCGAGAGAGCGAAAAAGAAGAAAAUGUGGACUACAGAAUCUCAAAAAAGAUCGAAAAUCUUGAAAUUAAAGCAAAAAAAUUGUCGGAGGAAAACAUUCAGCUCAAAAACGAAUUAGCUCACAAAGAAAAUCAAGUCAUUUUGACUGAGUCUAAACAUGCGCGAGAGAGCGAAAAAGAAGAAAAUGUGGAAUACAAAAGCUCAGAAAAAAUCGAAAAUCUUGAAAUUCAAGCACGAAAAUUGUCGGAGGAAAAUAAUCAGCUCAAAAAAGAAUUGGUUCAAAAAGAAAAUCAAGAAUCUGAGCAUCAUUUCCAAAUGGAGGAACUAAAUCAAAAUAUUAAAGUUCUGCAAUUCGAAAUAAGCGAUCUUCGAAAGAAUGAACCUCAGAAAACGCCUCAAAGUGACGAAAAUGAUAGCAAAAAUACGACAAACAAUGCAGACUUCGAAGUCGAGUUGCAACACACGAGGGAAAAGGUUUGUACACUUCUCCAAAUGCGAAAUAUUGGGUUGGACGACGGCCAAGAUUUAGAAAGUCUUGUCCUCACUUUGUACGAAGAUUUAGUUUCGGAGUUAGAGCGUGAAAAAGACGUUUCGUGGCAUGAGCGAAAUGAAAACCGAAUGUUGCUGCAGCGAUUAGACGACAGCGAAAUGUUCUACGAUGAUGCGAUAGCCUGUCAGAACAUUCUAAGAAGGCUUUUAAGCAAAUAUAACAUGCUUUUUAGCAAUUCUAGUACUUUGGAAGAGCUUGCGAGCCAGAUGGAAGCUUUGACUGAAAGAAUCAAAAAUCAACCGACUCAACAACCAAUUCAAGCUCGGUCUUCAAUACGGGGUAGGAGUUUGACAAGUUUCCUGAAGGGGUCUUCGAAAUUGGUGAAGAAAUCAAAAAGUAGUCAGAACUUGAAAGGCUCCCAAAUGAGCAUAGCGAGCUCUUAUAUGUCGCCUAUGGGCAGCGAACACCCAAACUCAUCCGGAAUUUUCAACGAAUUUUCAAAACUAUCCACGGAACAACUGAAAGCAUCGAUGGAAAACAUGCACGAAAAUCAGCUACAAGAGGUCGACGAAAUCAAAGUGAACUUGUACGAAAUUCUGAAAGUUCUGAAUAAAGCUCCUGAAUAUCCAAAACCAUCGCUUCAAAUGGUCAAAAUGAUCCGUUCUGAAGUUGAAAAUCGCAACAGUCAACAUCAGGAAGAAAGCAACGAAAGAGAGCGAAAAAUUUCCGGAAGUGAAAUGUAUGUCCAGGAACUGAGGAAUGAACAAAACGAAAUUCAUUCGAAUUUAUACGCGUUGCUUCGCUCUGCUGGAUUCGAACCCGAUCCGAGCGCCAACUCGGGUAGGAUGUCGGAAAUCGCUUUAACCAAAGUGAACGAAAAGUUGGUGAGCUUAAGAAGAGUCGCCAAAGACUUCGAGAAUGAUAACCAGGACCUCGAGAAUCAAAACCUCGAAUUGAAAAACCAACUUAAUGAGCUGAAAAUGAAGAAUUCAACUGAAAAUAAUGAAGUCUUAGGAAGUGUCCGAGCGCCCGAACCCAUUAAUUCGCCUUCAGCAAAAUACGCAAAUCUCGACAACAACGCUCAGUUGUAUUCCGAAAUUGAUAUGCUUAAACAAGAACUCUCAGGUUUGCAGGAAAAUUUAUCUGAAAAAGAAGGACAAUUUCAGCAAAAUCUGACCAAAGUCGAAACUGAAAAAGAAGAUUUACGACGACUGCUUAAGGAUCAAGAAAAGCAAUCUGCCCAAAUUAUUGAAAAAAAUAGUUCGGACUUAAAACAAGCUUUGAUCAAACUCGAAGAAGAAAACGAAGAUUUGAAAUACUCGCUUGAGGCUGAAAAACGAAAAUCUGUGAAUGAAAGUCUGAAACAAAGUAUUUCAGAAACAGCAAGCGCUGAAAAGAUUUCGUUAAUGAACCGAAUCAAAGUUCUAGAAGGUGAAGUUCAAAAAUCGAGCUCAGCUAAAGUAAACAAAGAGGCCGAGUUGCAAGAACAGGUUUUGAGUCUUAUUGACCAAAACACGAAACUGAUCGAGACGAAAAAGCAGCUGCGAGCUGAAAUUAAAGCGCUCAGACAGCAGAGUAAAGACAGUCCCGGCUCAAGAGAUAGCCGCAGCGAUAAUGCUGAAGAAAAACUGCGCUCGCAAAUUGAAAGUUUAGAGGACGAGCUUCAAAGUCUUAAAGAUCAGAAUGCUGAAGGUAGCAACCAAAACACAACAAACCUCGAGGAUCAGUUGAACCAAGAAAGGUCAAAGGUCACGCAACUUCAGAAGGAACUUUCAAGCUUGACGGGUAUAUCCCAAGAACCGGGUAAGACGCAGAGUUUGGAGCGAAAUCUUGUUGCUGCCAAUGCCAAAUUGAUGGGUCAAACUGAGAUGAUGAAACGCCUGCAGAUGCAAAUGGGCGACAUGAAAAAGCUGGAAAUAAAAGUCCAACAGCUUGAAAUGGAAAACGAGAUUCUGAUUUCGAAACUCGAAGAAAAUGAAGUUGAAGAUAUGACCUCAAUUAGAUACGCUUUCGAUCAGCUUGUUGAAGAUUUGGACAUCAAGUUGCCGGCUGAAGAUUUGGGUUUGGCUGACCAAAUGGAAAAUGCAUUCGAAAUAAUCAAAAAACGAAACCGUAGCAUGGCUUCAAAGAAGGUCACCUUUAACCCGAACUUGACCUCAACGAGUAUACUUUCGGGAAAGAAGUCGGCGAAAAUCAAGACAAAAACUUGGCCGAAAGGCGAAAGCGGUGACUCUUCUGGUGCCGAGGACGAGUUGUCGCUCAACAUAAACUACCAACAACUUAUUGACAGUCUUGAAAGUAAAGUCAAACUUCAGGAAAGCGAAAUCACACAACUAAAAGAAUCUAAAGGCGGUGCUGAAACUUUCAGAGGAGUUCUAAUUCGAUUGCUUUCUAUUAUAGACGGACCGCAACUUUCUCGAACUAAAAACUACGCCAGCUUGGAUACUGAAACCUUGAUAGGUCAGUUGGAAAAUUCCAUCGUUGAGUUGAUUCAACAGCGUGAAGUGGAACUGCCGAGUUUGAGUGACAUAAAUGUGAGGUACAGUCGGCCGCCUGAACAAACUUACGAGAGGGGAGGGAGAUCGCAAUCGGCGAGUAACAACAGUCGAAAUAAGUAUCAAGGAUCAUUGAGCGCAUCUAAUCUUUCACAAAUUUAAACUGACCAUUAUAAUCAGUGGCGAGAUACUUUGCGAUAGUUGGGCGACCAGGGGAAAUAUAUUUUUUUCUAGUCUGCCUGACAAAAAGUUGACGCCUAAAAUAAGAUUCCUUACUAAUUAACCGGAUUUCUCUAAAUGCGCUGCUGCUUAUGCCACUAAUGAAUUUUAUAGUUUGAAACGAGUUUCAAUUCUUUUGCAAGGAAAUUAAAAUUUUAUAACAAUUAGUAUGCGUAAUUCAAAAGAAUAUUAUUUUA